AUGGUCCAAGAGACCAAGUGGAUGUCUGAAACCAGUGGAUUUCUGCAUGAGUUGGAGCUGGGGGAGCAAUUGGAGUGGCCUGAACUGGUUGGUGUAAGUCACUGGAGUUUUAAAAAUUUAUUCUUGCAGUUGAAAUUAAAUAUAAAGUUCUGGUUUCUUCUGCUGCCCAUUGCUAUGAGCGCGGAAGAAAUACAAAGAGAGAGCAGUUGUGCCGAAAGGUAUGCUGGAAUCCCUGGAAACCCUGGACACAAUGGCAUACCGGGACGAGAUGGAAGAGAUGGAACAAAGGGAGAAAAAGGAGAUCAAGGCGAGCCAGGACACCCAGGAAAACCAGGUGUAGAUGGUGUGGCUGGAGAUAAAGGAGAACCAGGUACUGAUGGCAGAGUUGAAGAGAAAGGAAAUAAAGGAACCAAGGGGGAGAGAGGCUGGCCAGGGAAAUUUGGACCAACAGGAAUGCCUGGACCCAUAGGGGACAAAGGUCAAAAGGGGGAGCUAGGACUUCAAGGGCGAAAGGGGUUAAAAGGUGACAUUGGUCCUAUUGGGCCCAAAGGAACCAAAGGUGAACUUGGAGCCCAAGGCGAAAUAGGCUUAAAGGGCCCCAUGGGACCAAUGGGCUACAUUGGUCCAAAAGGAGAGAUCGGAGCCCUAGGACCAAAGGGCAGUAAAGGAAUUCAGGGUGAAAAAGGUUGGAAAGGCGACAGGGGAGAUAAGGGAAAUCGUGGUAGUAGCCCCAUCCUCCCUAGAAGUGCCUUCAGUGUAGGUCUCAGUACUAAGUUUCCCCCUUUAAAUAUUCCCAUCAAAUUUGACAAAGUGAUGUAUAAUAGCUUAAACCAUUACAACACAGUUACUGGGGUAUUCACCUGUCAGAUCGCUGGUGUCUAUUAUUUCACCUAUCACAUCACUGUCCUUGUAAAGAAUGUUAGAGUAGCUCUGGUUAAAAAUGGAUACAGGAUGCUCCACACUUCGGAUAAGUACCAAGGUGCUGAAGAUCAGGCCUCAGGAGGAAUCAUCUUGGAACUGAAGGAAGGUGAUCAGAUAUGGUUGGAGAGCUUUGGUGGGGAAUCAUUUAAUGGCUUAUAUGCAGAUCCAGAUGAUGACACAGUGUUCUCUGGCUUCCUUCUAUUUAGCACAUCAGAUGUUGCAGCACCUACACCACUUUCCACCAUCUGAAUUGUAAUAGUUGUUUUUAAAGAAUGAUAUCAACUGCAUAUGGUUCUACUCAAUUUUCAUAUUAAGAUUUAGCAUGAAAACAAAAUUCACAGAAGAUAUUUUUGCAACCUCUGCCACAAACUUCUUAAUGGAAGACACCAUUCCCACAUAAAUUCAUGAAAAAUCAGACAAUGUGAUUUUCUGGAUGUGUUUUGUCAUGUUGUCUCCCAUAGUUGAGGUCUACCUAUGAUGUCAAUUACAGGCCUCUCUCAUCUUUUUAAGUGGGAGAACUUGUACAAUUGGUAUCUGACCAAAUACUCCCCACCCCCAGUGUACUUGCUCAUUGAGGUGCAUGCCUAUAGGGUAUGACAAAAUUACAGUGUACAUAUGGGGGACAAGCAAUAAGAUCACUACAGUGGCAUAGAACAAAGCUGAGAAGUAAUAACUUCAAGUAAUAACGCUUAACCCUUCAGGUGAGAAGGGUGGCAUAUAAAUGUAGCAAACAAACAAACAAACAAACAAACAAACAAAUAAAUAACUUGCUUUAAGGGUUUAGAAGGGAUUCUAGUGUUCUGGAUGCAUCUGGCUUGCUUGAAGGCAUGUGAUUCCCAGUUAAAAACUUUUUGUUUACCCAUACUACACUGCACAGACCAGAGAAAUUUUUAAAACAGUCUCCUUUUACCUAAUAAAACUGCUAACAUUCUAGUUAAGGAGGUGGAGAAAAAACUUAACAUAAAUGUCCUUCCUUAGGCCAUGAAAUAAUUCUCGUGGUGGCUGUAUUCUCUUUGAGAAUAUAGAGCUGCUUCCAUCAUGUAACUGGAUGAAAUGAAUAAAUUAAUCUUGACACUAAUCUUGGCAUCUGCCAAUGGCCAUUUCCUAAUAAACCCAUUGAGACAUGUCUCACAGCCUGAGUGUAAGCUUGUUUCUCUCUCUCAAAAGCAUCUCUCCGAAGAUAAUGGAGCUUUUCUAAUGUGUGAUUCGGUUUGCAGACAUAAUCAAAGACAGUUGUAAUUAACUUUCUUGAGGUCAAUUUUCCAUCACUCAGGAGGUUCCUUUCCAAACUCUCAGAACGAUUGUCAGAUUUCAACUCAGAAAAUUGGUUUUCUUUCCAUUCUCUUCUGGCAGAGAGAUGUCUUGCCAUUUUGCUCCCUCUUGAUUUUCUAGUUAAGAUGCUUGUUUCAUCCUUGCUUUAUGUGCUAUAAAGUGAAGAUAAUUCUAUACUGCUUUUUAGUGCAACUAUAGUUCUGUGUUUGUGUGCAAUGUCAACAAAAUGAAACUUGGAAGAAUUUUUAAAAUCAGGACAUAUAGAAACAUUCCAUCUGUUAUAUUCAUUGCAUUUGUUCUUUUCAAACUCUGAAAUGAAGUAAUCAUGUAAGUUUUAUAAGUCUACUGUGGAAAAAAGAAUGAAUUUUGGACUGAAUUUAAAAUAAACUUGAGAAUAAAUUUAA